CGUCAGUUAAAGUCGUCAAGUCAGCAAGCCACCCAAGCCACUGACAGUACUGACACCUCUGCUGACACUGUCAAAUUAAAAUGGUUAAAGUGGGGUUAUGUUCAGAUUAAUUUAUAAUUUGUUAUUAUGGCAUUGGAUUAUUAUUUAGAGUUAUCCGAAAAUCCAGUCCGCUUCGAGGCCGUCAACCAACUCACCAACGUGUUCUUCGAUGACUCAAACAAACACGUGUUUGCUGUGCGCUCAGGGGGUGUUAUGGGGGUCGUGGUCAAGGGCCCCAAGGAGACCGACAAGCCCCUAAAUUUCCGCAUGGAGGACCAUGGUCCCGUCCUCUCCAUAAAGUUCUCCUUAGACAAGAAAGUGUUGGCUGUUCAACGCACCAACACCUCAGUCGAAUUCAUGAAUUUCAAUGGAGUAACCCUAGAUUCUGAAUACUCGCAAAGCUGUAAGAAAAAUUCCAACAUUUUGGGGUUUGUUUGGUCCCAAAAUAACGAAGUGGCGUUCAUGACGGACCACGGUAUUGAGCUAUACAUGAUCAUACCAGACAAAAAGUCACUGAAGUACUUAAAAACGACCUCGGCGACGGUUCAGUGGUUUGUGUGGUGUUCUUUGAACAGGAUAGCGUUGUUAGCGUCAGCGCAUGGGUCGCAGUUGCAGCCUAUACUGUUUAAACCAGGAUCGAUUAGUAAAUUACCAAAAGUGGAGACUGAACCGGGCCGCAUGGCCCUAGAAAGGGACGUAACAUUGUCUACCCUGUAUGAGGUUCCAGCAGUAUUAAUUCUCAGGCACCAAAGUGGACCUCAGAGUGCUGAGGUUCAUGUCCAUACUUUAAGUGGCCCUGGGCAAGCUCCUGUUAAAACGCAUGUCUUAAAGUUGGGGCUUUCAGGUAGAUUUGCUAUUAAUAUUGUGGAUGACUUGAUUUUAGUCCAUCAUCAGGCUUCAAGAAGCUCUCAAGUUUUCGAUACAGCUUUACCGGGAGAAAGUGAUGGUAUCGUGAGAUAUCACACCACAGUGGCGGCGGCAAGAUCUUUCAAACAAGCGCAGAUCACUCUUCCGGGGUUGGUGGAACCUCAAACCCACGUUUGCGAAUUAUAUUCUCCCAACUGGGUGGUAUUCCAACCUAACAUCGUCAUAGAUGCAAAACUGGGUUGCUUAUGGCACAUCAACCUUUGCUUAUCUCAACUAUGUGCAUCAAUACCAGAUCUUGCUACUUGUACCCAAGUAGCUCUAAAACGCACCAAUGGCAAACUGAUCUUAAUAAAAAUGAUUCUAGAUGCCAUCAGACACCCAAAACCGCCGUUAGACAAACUCCAGGAGUCUUUCAACCACAUUAACAAUAUCUACAGAGACUCCUUAGAAGCAGAACUACAAUCACACACCGCGUCACCACCAGGGGCACCAUAUUUAAAAUCUCCACCGCCACCCAGAGUCUUGAUAGAUCAAAUGGACAUGUACAACGAGAUUUAUCAGAAACUAGAUCUUGAAACAGAUUUAGAGAAACUGGAAUGGACUUUAAUAAGUUACAUGACGUCAUUGUUCGAACAAGGCAUUCCGGCACAGCAUAAUCUAAACGAGCUGUUAAUAACCACACUCGUGAAGAGGAAGAAAUUCACAGCUUUACAACAACUGUUGCAGUAUGGAGUAGUGUCCGAUUCUAAGCCACUGGCGUGUUUACUGUUGUCGUUGGGGAAUUUGCAUUCAGCGGCCUCACAGUUGGCGUUAGAUAUGUUGGCAAGACUGAAUGCUACCGAAGAGAUACAAGAGAUUCUUUUGAGCGAGGGACAAGUGUUGUCUGCUUUGAAACUGGCGCAAGAGAGCGCUAAUCCUAGGAAGUUUUUACAAGCGGCGCAGAAUACAGGGGAUAAUACUUUGUUUCAUAGCAUUUUGUACUAUUUUAAGAAUAAUUCACAGUUUUCUAGCGCUUUUAGCAAAGAUGAGAGACUGAACAACUUCGUGCACCAGUACAACUCCACGUUCUUAGAAAACUAACACCUGUUGAAACAUGUAUAUAUUUUAUUUGUAGUAAAAGAAAUUGCAUUCAGUAUGACGAAUGAGUGAAGGAAGUUGAUGAAAUGUUUAAAAACCUAAUA